CCUCCACACGACACUUCCUUCUGGAACGGCAACUGACCCGCGGCUCCACCCCGCAGUGUUAAGUCCGGUUCCCAUCAGGUGGCGGAUAGACUGUGUUCUGGUUCGCCAAGUCUGGGGCCCCGCACUGUUACGGUAGGCCCGAAUCAAUGGUUCUCGGCGCCCUCGAGGCGAUAGAGCGGAGCAACUCCAACAAGCGCGCUAUGGAAUUCACGAUCUAUAUAGCUAUGACCUGUUCGCACCAACAUGACGAUCAUCACUACCAUUACCUCCCUGGUCAUUCUCUGGCACCACCAUCAUCCAUUCGCCUACUAUGUCUGACAAAGCUACCAUGGAGAAGAACGAUGUCGAGUUCAAAGAGGAUGCCGUACAGGGGCAAGUGAGAGAUCAUCUCAUUACACCACAGCAGAUUCAAGGUCGCUUCGACACACUGCGAGGUCUUAGCGAAGAGCAGAUGACGGUACUCGACAAGAAGGUCGUCCGAAAGUUAGACUGGCGCCUUAUGCCAUGUAUCACACUCAUGUUUCUUAUGAACUACCUCGACCGUAUCAAUGUUUCGAACGCUCGUCUCGCAGGCCUGCAGAAGGACCUGCAAAUGACUGAUACACUGUGGAACACUGGUAUCUCUACCUUCUAUGUCGGGUACCUCGUCGGUCAGCUACCUGGAAACUUGUGGCUCGCAAAGGGAAACCCCCGAUUGGUUCUACCUACGAUGAUGAUGGCAUGGAGCAUCGGCACCAUCUGCAUGCCCGCCAUGACCAACGCCGCUGGCUUUGCCGUUUGUCGCUUCUUCAUCGGCCUUGCUGAGGCACCAUUCUUCCCCGGUAUAACGCUGAUGACAUCCUCAUGGUACACUAAGGAAGAGAACCCAAUGAGAAUGGCCAUCUGGCAUGCGGGCAAUACGAUUUCCAACAUUCUUUCCGGUUUUCUCGCAGCUGGCAUUCUCACCAACAUGGACGAUAUUCUCGGUCUGCAUGCAUGGCAGUGGUUCUUUAUUAUCGAGGGUGCUGUUUCUAUCCUUGUCGCCGCGGCCGGUUACUUCCUGCUACCUGCGUGGCCCCACAACACCACAUGGCUGUCGCAAGAGGAGUCCGAGAUGGCUCAAUAUCGUGUCAUGGUGUCGAACGGUGGUUUACAUGAAGAACAAGGCGGUACAUGGGCCGGUGUCAAGGACGCGGCCAAAGAUCCCUUCACUUGGUGUUUCUGCCUCAUGCACUUCGCGCUUAUCACUGCUCAGAGUUUCAAAGAUUUCAUGCCUUCGAUCAUGGAAACAUUCCAUUUCAGCAAGCUCACUACCUACCUUGUACAAGCCCCUCCUUACGCCAUCGCUUACGCAGUUGCUUGCGGUCUCGCUUACACAUCCGGCCGGUUCCAGGAAUCCUUCUAUCACAUUGUCAUUCCCAUCAUUUUCAGUGCUGCAGGAUGUGGUAUGCUCAUCGGUACCCUCAAUGUCGGUGCUCGCUAUUUCGGUCUCGUCUUGCUCAUCAGCGGUACCUAUUCUGGCCUCAACCUGCAGCUCAGUUGGGAGACGACACUUGUUCCCGCGCCCAGGAGCAAGAAGGCAGCUCUGAUUGCGAUCGCGAAUUGCAUCAGCCAGACCAGCCAUUGGUUCAGCCCAUACUUCUUCCCAACGAGCCAAGAGCCUUACUAUCGCCUAGGAGGUGGUCUUAUCCUCUUCGGAUGCUUGGCUUGCGUUUUCAGCGCUUGUCUCGUUAAAUGGAGGGCUAUAGCUUUGAACAAGAGACUGGAUGAGGCAGAGGGAUGGUCGGAGCACAGCGGUGUUGAGCGGGGAUGGAGACAUGUCUACUAGUCGGAGAGCACGGAUUGCUGGGGGCUGAGGAUAACGUUUUUUUUUCUCAAACGAACCGUUUACACGUG